GAGGAGUGAGAAGGCGAGUAUAAUAGUCCAUUCAGGAGAGAGAAAAUUCAGGAGAUAGAAAGCUCGCCCCCUCUGCUCUGUUCUGGUGCGUGUGUUUUCUGGCUUUGAAGAUCUAGUUUGCUUUUGCUCAUCCCUGCAUCUUUCCUUCUAAUCGAACCUGGGCCGGCUACGAUGUCGUCUCUCAGUAGAGAAUUGGUGUUCUUGAUUUUACAGUUUCUGGAAGAGGAAAAGUUCAAAGAGACUGUUCACAAGCUUGAACAAGAGUCUGGGUUUUUCUUUAAUAUGAAAUAUUUUGAGGAUGAAGUGCACAAUGGCAAUUGGGAUGAGGUUGAAAGAUAUCUCUCUGGUUUCACAAAAGUUGAUGAUAAUCGGUAUUCAAUGAAGAUAUUUUUUGAGAUUAGGAAGCAGAAAUACCUCGAAGCAUUAGAUAAGCACGACAGGUCCAAGGCUGUAGAAAUAUUGGUGAAGGAUUUAAAAGUUUUUUCCACAUUCAAUGAAGACCUAUUCAAGGAAAUCACACAGCUCUUGACAUUGGAUAAUUUUAGGGAAAAUGAACAAUUGUCAAAGUACGGUGAUACAAAGUCUGCAAGGGCAAUCAUGUUGAUUGAGCUUAAAAAGCUGAUUGAAGCAAAUCCCUUAUUCCGUGACAAAUUGCAGUUUCCCAACCUUAAAAAUUCAAGAUUACGAACUCUCAUCAAUCAAAGCUUGAAUUGGCAGCAUCAGCUCUGUAAGAAUCCACGGUCAAAUCCAGAUAUUAAAACUCUUUUUGUGGAUCACUCUUGUGGACAACCAAAUGGUGCACGGGCUCCAUCUCCGGCUAAUAAUCCCCUACUUGGAUCCUUACCUAAGGCUGGAGGGUUUCCUCCUCUAGGUGCACAUGGGCCAUUUCAACCUACCACAACACCCAUGCCAGCACCCCUGGCAGGCUGGAUGUCAAAUCCUGCCACUGUAGCUCAUCCUGCAGUUUCUGGAGGAGGAGCUAUAGGUCUCGGUGCUCCUUCAAUCUCUGCUGCUUUGAAGCACCCUAGGACCCCUCCAACUAACCCAUCUGUUGAAUACCCAUCUGGAGAUUCUGACCACGUAUCUAAGAGACCAAGGCCACUGGGAAUGCCAGAUGAGGUGAAUCUACCUGUUAAUGUGUUGCCAGCUGCAUUACCAGGUCAUGGGCAUGGACAAUCUUUCAAUGCACCUGAUGACUUACCAAAGACUGUUACACGAACUCUGAAUCAGGGUUCAUCUCCAAUGAGCAUGGACUUCCAUCCAGUUCAACAGAGUUUACUUCUUGUUGGUACCAAUGUGGGGGACAUAUCUUUGUGGGAAGUGGGCUCUCGAGAGAGAUUGGUCUCAAGGAACUUUAAAGUUUGGGAUCUAAGUGCCUGCUCAAUGCCACUUCAGGCUUCUCUUGUCAAAGAUCCCAUUGUUUCUGUCAACCGUGUGAUUUGGAGUCCUGAUGGUGGCUUAUUUGGCGUUGCUUACUCAAGGCAUAUUGUUCAGAUAUACUCAUACAAUGGUGGGGAUGAGGUGCGCCAACACCUGGAGAUUGAUGCUCAUGUUGGUGGAGUGAAUGAUCUUGCAUUUUCCCACCCAAAUAAGCAGUUGUGUGUCAUAACUUGUGGUGAUGAUAAGACCAUUAAGGUUUGGGACGCUGCUACUGGUACAAAACAGUUUACUUUUGAAGGUCACGAGGCUCCAGUCUAUUCUGUUUGUCCUCAUUACAAAGAAAACAUUCAGUUUAUAUUUUCAACAGCAUUAGAUGGAAAAAUAAAAGCAUGGUUGUACGACAAUUUGGGUUCUCGUGUUGAUUACGAUGCUCCUGGUCGUUGGUGCACAACCAUGGCUUACAGUGCUGAUGGUACAAGGCUCUUUUCAUGUGGGACAAGCAAGGAGGGGGAAUCCUCAAUUGUUGAAUGGAAUGAAAGUGAAGGAGCUGUCAAAAGGACAUAUCAAGGAUUUCGUAAAAAAUCGCUGGGUGUUGUGCAAUUUGACACAACAAAAAAUCGAUUUUUGGCUGCUGGUGAUGAUUUCUCCAUUAAAUUCUGGGAUAUGGACAACGUUCAACUUUUGACAACUAUUGAUGCUGAUGGAGGUCUACCUACAAGCCCACGCAUCCGUUUCAACAAGGAUGGAACCCUCUUAGCUGUUUCUGCAAAUGAGAAUGGAAUUAAAAUUUUAGCCAAUGCAGAUGGAAUAAGAUUUUUACGGACAUUAGAAAAUUCUGCAUACGAGGCAUCCAGAACAUCUGAAGCCAUAAAGCCCACAAUGAAUCCAAUUUCAGCUGCUGCUGCUGCUGCCGCUGCCAGUGGUGCUGCGCUUGCAGAGAGGGGCUUGUCUGUAGUAGCUAUUGCAGGAAUGAAUGGGGAUGCUCGGAAUAUGGGUGAUGUUAAACCUAGAAUAGCCGAAGAAUCCAAUGACAAGUCAAAGAUAUGGAAGGCCACUGACAUCAAUGAACCAUCUCAAUGUAGAUCCUUGAAGCUACCUGAGAAUCUGAGAGUAACCAAGAUAUCAAGGUUGAUAUAUACAAAUUCAGGGAAUGCCAUCCUGGCAUUAUCAUCAGAUGCAGUUCAUCUGCUCUGGAAAUGGCAGCGAAGUGACCGAAAUUCUUCUGGCAAGGCCACUGCCAGUGUCUCUCCACACUUGUGGCAACCAACAAGUGGCAUCCUGAUGACCAAUGACAUUUCUGAUAGCAAUCCUGAGGAUGCUGUGCCUUGCUUUGCUCUCUCCAAAAAUGAUUCUUAUGUGAUGUCAGCAUCAGGAGGGAAGAUUUCAUUGUUCAAUAUGAUGACCUUUAAGACAAUGACAACUUUCAUGCCUCCACCACCUGCAGCAACAUUUCUUGCUUUUCACCCUCAGGAUAACAAUAUUAUAGCUAUUGGGAUGGAUGAUUCCUCCAUUCAGAUAUAUAAUGUCCGUGUGGAUGAGGUUAAAAGCAAACUUAAAGGUCACACCAAAAGAAUAACCGGCCUUGCUUUUUCUCAUGCACUGAAUGUGUUAGUUUCAUCUGGGGCAGAUGCUCAGCUUUGUGUGUGGAAUACUGAUGGAUGGGAAAAGCAGAAGAGUAGAUUCUUGCAGAUUCCUCCAGGGAAGACUCCAGCGGCACAGGCAGAAACCCGUGUACAGUUUCAGCAGGAUCAGAUACAGUUCUUGGUUGUACAUGAAACUCAACUUGCCAUAUAUGAAACAACAAAACUAGAAUGUCUAAAGCUGUGGAUUCCAAGAGAGUCUACUGCACCUAUAUCAGCUGCAACUUUCUCAUGUGAUAGCCAGCUGAUAUAUGCCAGCUUUUUAGAUGCAACAGUUUCUGUCUUUAGUGCAUCAAACCUCAGAGUACGCUGUCGUAUCAAUCCGUCUUCAUAUCUUUCUGCCAGCGUCAGCAGUUCCAGUGUACAACCACUUGUGGUCGCUGCACAUCCACAAGAACCAAAUCAGUUUGCUAUAGGAUUGUCAGAUGGCGGAGUUCAUGUGUUUGAGCCCCUUGAGUCUGAAGGCAAGUGGGGUGUGCCUCCUCCCGUUGAGAAUGGAUCAGCAAGUAAUGCGGUAGCUAAUUCGGAUCAAGCCCAGAGAUAAUAUGUGUGAGCCUAAGACAAGUUUCUUUUACAUACUUGGCUUGCUGGCUAUCCCAAGAACUAGGCAUAUAUACACCUUAGUUUAUGCAGACUAAUCCAACCACUCUAAGAUCCACUGCAUUUUCUGGGCUGUUCAUAAUCACAUUAGAAUGCAUUUCAAGUUGAAUCACUCUGCAGAUUGGGAAAAUUCUUUUGCCUAUCUUCAAGCUUCUGGCCCUAUAGAUCCCAAAUUCUUUGCCUCAUGCAGUCUGCAAGUAAAUUGCUAAGUUAUUCUCCUGUUAUUAUGCUUCCUAGUCUCCUUGUCAUUUAUGAGUAUAGUAAAGUAUUUAUAUUGUGCAGUUUUGUUUUAUGACAUUUAGUGUACUGAAGAAUGAGUAACAAAGAUGUGGAUUUGACAAAGUUGGUAUAGGAUUUUGCUUAGGUCAGCAAGUUAUUUGCUUUUAGGAGACUCAAAUAGCAUUGUUUCUUAAAGCUUCAUCGGUGUAUUUACCUGUUCCGCCUUAAUAUAAAAUGCUGAUCACUAUUACUAUUUCAUACCA